AUGUAUUCCACAGAACCUGGCAGUCGAGUCUAUCCAAUUACUCCUACGAGAGAAAUACAAAGAAACGGAAAAUCGCCCCGGCACGCCCAAAUCCUACAGCUCCUAAAGUUCUGUCUGAGGACGUACUUCACGUUUGACGGAAGUAUCUCCGAGCAGAUGGAGGGCAGGCCCAUGGGUUCGCCCAUUUCCGGACUCUUAGCAGAGGCGGUCCUGCAACGGUUGGGGUCGCUGGUUUUCCAACAGCACAAACUAAAGAUUUGGGCUCGGUAUGUGGACGACACUUUCGUCGUACUUGAGCGGGAUUAG